AUGGGUGCAUUUUUAGAGAAGCCGAAAACCGACAAAGUUCGCGAGUCGGGAUCUGGUAAUGGCCUGCGUUAUGGGCUUUGCAGCAUGCAAGGGUGGAGAAUCGAAAUGGAGGAUGCUCAUGUUGCUCGUGUGGAGUUGCCGCCCCCAUUCAAAUCGUGGUCCUAUUUCGGGGUGUUCGAUGGGCAUGCCGGUGCACGUGUUUCAGAACGCUGUGCCGCUAAACUCCUGGAUACCAUUUUAAAUACUGAGGAAUUCAAAAAGAUUGCAUCGGAGGAUAGUGCCGAGUUAGAUGUCACUCUUGUUAAGCAAGGCGUUGUGAACGGAUUUCUAGCUUUUGAUCGUGAAUUGGCCGCUGAGGAUCGAGAAGAGAAAUCCGGAUCAACAGCGGUAGUUGCUUUUAUCACCCCGGCGCAUAUAAUCAUGGCCAAUUGUGGUGAUUCGAGAGCCAUGCUGGUUCGCGAUGAUAAACCAUUCCUUGCCACAGAAGACCACAAACCUUACCUGCCGACCGAGCGAAAGCGAAUUUCAGAAGCUGGUGGACAGGUGAUGUUAUCGCGGGUCAAUGGCUCUCUCGCCGUUUCCAGAGCUCUUGGGGAUUUUGAAUAUAAACAGUUAUGUAACCGCGGUGCCACCGAACAGCUUGUUUCCCCGGAACCCGACGUUUUUGUAUUGACUCGAAAUAAGGAUAGAGACCAACUUCUCAUACUAGCGUGUGAUGGAAUAUGGGAUGUAUUUGAAAAUGAUGCCUUAGCCAACUACGUGUUGCAGCGGCUCCGUUGUGUCGCCUCCCUAAUGGAUGUUUGCGCAGAGAUUCUGGAUACUAGCCUCCAUAAGGGAAGUCGCGACAACAUGAGUGUUCUCCUGAUCGCUUUGGACAAUGCGCCGAAAUUGGAUCCGGAGGCUGCACGGAAGGAUAUCGAGUUGGAUAAAGCAAUCAGUUCAAUCGUUAUGGGUAGGUAUCGGAACAUAAUUGUUUUUCUUGGCUGUUUCUACUUCCUAACGCUAUCGCUCAGCGAUUGA